UCUAUGCAAAACGUACAGCCACGCCAAGUCUCCAACCAGCGAAAAGAACCCCUAAAUUUACCCCAAAAAAACAAAAAAAUGGGUUCUAAAACUCUGAAAAUUUUAAUGUUUCCAUUCCUAGCUCAUGGCCACAUCUCCCCCUUUCUCGAACUAGCCAAGAAGCUUUCUUCCAGAAACUUCCACAUAUACUUCUGUUCCACUUCAAUCAACCUCGACUUCAUCAAAGAAACCCUCAACAAAGAUUCCUCUUACAACAACGACAAUGUCGGAAUCGAGCUAGUGGAGCUCCAUCUCCCAUCUCUCCCUCAACUCCCUCCAAAAUUCCACACCACCAAAAACAUCCCACCCCAUCUCCACCCCCUCCUGAUGCAAGCCUUACAAAACUCCACCGCAAGCUUCUCGAGUUUGCUGUCGGAUUUAAGCCCUGAUUUGCUAAUUUACGACCUUUUCCAGCCUUGGUCGGCCAAAAUCGCCGCCGCGGAAGGGAUCCCCGCCGUCCAUUUCUUCACCGGCGGCGCAGCCGCCGGCUCCUUCAUGCACCACUGGCACUCCCACGGCAGCUUUGAUGAUUUCCCAUUUCAAGAACUGAGCUUGAGAGAGCAUGAGAAGAAGGGUCUCUAUGCUAGCAAGAAAUUUGUCAAAGUUGAAAAUGGCGAUCAAGGGUUUGCGUUUGGGGUUUUUGAGCUUUCUUGCGAUGUUGUGUUGAUCAAGAGCUGCAGAGCGAUUGAAGGGAAGUACAUGGAUUAUCUCUCCACGUUGUGUGGGAGAAAGCUCAUCCCCACCGGCCCUUUGAUUGCUCAUGGCGGUGGCGGCGAUGGAGAGAUAAUGGAGUGGCUGAGCAAGAGAGAGAGGGGUUCGACUUUGUAUAUCUCUUUUGGGAGUGAGAAUUUCUUGAACGAGAAGGAGAUGGCUGAGAUAGCCAAAGGGUUGGAGAUGGUUAAUGAUGUGAGCUUCAUUUGGGUUGCGAGGCGGCACGGCGGAGAGGCGGCGGCGGGGGUGCCGGAGGGUUUUGCGGAGAGGGUGGGGGGGAGGGGGAUGGUGGUGGAGAGGUGGGCGCCGCAGGCGGAGAUCUUGGCGCAUGGGAGCGUGGGGGGGUUCAUGAGCCACUGCGGGUGGAGUUCGGUGACGGAGAGCUUGUGUUUCGGGGUUCCGGUGGUGGCGGUGCCGCUGAAGAUUGAUCAGCCGAUGAAUGCGAGGCUGGUGGUGGGGGCCGGGGCUGGGGUGGAGGUGGAGAGGGAUGGGGAGGGAGGGUUUGAUGGGGAGGCGGUGGCGAGGGCGGUGCGGGGGGUGGUGGUGGAGGGGGGAGAGGGGAUGAGGAGGAGGGCGAGGGAGUUGGGGGAGAAGAUGAAGAUGGAGGAGGAUGGAGCCAUUGAUCAAGUGGUGGAGGAGUUGUCUAAGAUUUGUUAUACCAAGAAAUGACCAAUUUUAUCGCCGGCCGGUUGGUUAAGUUCACCACGAAAUGACACAUUUCUAGAAUGGCACAAUAUUAAAUGAGUAAAUUUUUUAUUGAGUUAGACUAAAGAAAAGUCGGUUAUUUUCUUUGACAAUAAGGUAGCAGAGAAGUACUGGAGUUAGAUUCAGUAACGGGGCCAGAAUUUUAAUAGUGGGGGCUUAAAUUAUCAUUAUAAUUUGGUGAAUGUGUCCCAUGCUAACGAUACUUUUUCGAACAUAGCAUAUAUUUUACUA